AUGGAUCAUUUGUAUGACGCCCUUUCAGAGAUUCAAGCACCACCAAAGCCAAAGAAGAAAAGAGCAUACAUAGAAAGAGAAAGAGAAUUGGGUCACCAACAACUCUGGAACGACUACUUUAGUGAAGAUUGUACAUACCCACCACAUGUAUUCCGACGCCGGUUCAGGAUGAAUAAGCCGUUGUUCAUGCACAUUGUGGAUCGAUUGUCCAAAGAAGUUUCUUAUUUCAAACAGAAAAGAGAUGCUGCAGGAAGGUUUGGUCUUUCUGCACUUCAAAAGUGCACAGCAGCAAUUCGCAUAAUGGCAUACGGUUCUGCUUCUGAUGCGGUUGACGAGUACCUCAGGCUCGGUGAAAGUACUACACUUUUAUGCCUGGAAAAAUUUGUGGAGGGCGUAAUCAAUGUAUUCGGAGAUGAAUACCUGAGAAGACCAACGGCUGACGAUCUUCAACGCCUUCUUGAUGUCGGUGAAUCCCGUGGAUUCCCGGGGAUGAUUGGAAGCAUUGAUUGCAUGCAUUGGGAGUGGAAAAAUUGCCCUACGGCUUGGAGAGGACAGUAUACACGUGGUUCAGGGAAGCCGACAAUCGUCUUAGAAGCUGUGGCUUCUUAUGAUCUUUGGUUCUGGCAUGCCUUUUUUGGACCUUCAGGUACUUUAAACGAUAUCAAUGUUCUUGAUCGUUCACCUAUUUUCGAUGAUAUUUUUAAAGGUCGAGCUCCAAAGGUUACGUACUGGGUUAACGGACGUCAGUACGAUUUGGCAUACUACCUCACUGACGGUAUAUAUCCCGAUUGGGCAACGUUUAUACAAUCUAUUCCACUCCCACAAAGUGAAAAAGCAAGACUUUUCGCUACAACGCAAGAAUCCGUCAGAAAAGAUGUCGAACGUGCCUUCGGAGUCCUACAAGCUCGUUUUGCAAUUGUGAAAAACCCGGCUCUAUUUUGGGAUAAGGUAAAAAUUGGCAAAAUUAUGCGAACUAGUAUCAUCCUACACAACAUGAUCGUAGAGAAUGAACGAGGAAGUCAAUCACUUAUAGAUUUAACAACUUUCGAGCGCGGUGAAGGGAGCACAACAUCACAGGUCGAUAGGUCGUAUUCUACGACUAUGCCUACUAAUUUCACUAAUUUGAUUGGCAACCGAAAAAAAGUAAAAGACAAACGGAUACAUGAUCAGUUGAAAGCUGAUUUAGUUGAACAUAUUUGA